UAUAUAUUUUCUCUCACUUUCUCUCAUUUUCUAUCCAUCCAAACAAAUACCCUUUUCCUCUUCCACCGGAAAACCCAUAAUGCCCCCGGAAAUAUCGGUUUCCGGCGAGAACGAUGCCGGAGAUCCGACGGAUAAGAAGAAGAGGAAGGAGGAGGAGGCGAAGGUGUCACUGGUGAAGUUAUUCUCCUUCGCCGAUUUCUAUGAUUACGUUUUAAUGGCGAUAGGAUCCAUAGGAGCGUGCGUUCAUGGAGCUUCUGUGCCGGUUUUCUUCAUAUUCUUCGGCAAACUCAUCAAUAUCAUCGGCAUUGCUUACCUCUUCCCUAAAGAAGCCUCUCCCCAAGUUGCUAAGUACUCGCUGGAUUUCGUGUAUCUGAGUGUGGCAAUACUAUUCUCAUCUUGGAUAGAGGUGGCAUGUUGGAUGCACACGGGGGAGAGACAGGCGGCGAAGAUGAGAAUGGCGUAUCUAAGUUCGAUGUUGAGACAAGACAUCAGCGUAUUCGACACUGAGGCUUCCACCGGAGAAGUCAUCUCCGCCAUCACCAGCGACAUCAUCGUCGUCCAAGACGCCCUCUCCGAGAAGGUAGGGAACUUCUUGCACUACAUAAGCCGGUUCACAGCCGGUUUUGCGAUCGGGUUCGCGAGGGUAUGGCAAAUAAGUCUGGUUACACUCUCCAUUGUUCCCCUCAUAGCUCUCGCCGGCGGCCUCUACGCUUACAUCGCCACUGGUUUGCUUGCCCGAGUCAGGAAGUCUUACGUCAAAGCCGGUGAGAUUGCAGAAGAGGUAAUCGGAAAUGUGAGGACCGUACAAGCAUUUGUAGGGGAAGAAAAGGCGGUGAGAUCGUACAGAGAUGCUCUGAAGAACACAUACAAGUACGGAAGAAAAGCAGGUUUAACCAAGGGGCUAGGUCUUGGCUCAAUGCACUGCGUGUUGUUCCUGUCAUGGGCAUUGCUCGUCUGGUUCACGAGCAUCGUCGUUCACAAAGGCAUCGCCAACGGAGGCGAUUCCUUCACCACUAUGCUCAACGUCGUCAUUGCCGGCCUGUCUUUAGGACAGGCGGCUCCAGACAUUUCGGCAUUUGUGAGGGCGAAAGCUGCGGCCUAUCCUAUCUUCCAGAUGAUAGAGAGAAACGCCUUGUCCGAAACAGCGUCCAAGACAGGCCGUACACUUGACAAAGUAGAUGGGCACAUCCACUUCAAGGACGUGACUUUCAGUUACCCAUCUCGGCCCGAUGUCGUCAUUUUCAACAAGCUAAACUUCCAUAUUCCCGCCGGAAAAAUCGUCGCCCUCGUCGGGGGAAGCGGCUCCGGGAAAAGCACGGUGGUAUCUCUGAUCGAGCGGUUCUACGAGCCUAUCUCGGGUUCGGUCUUGAUCGAUGGGAACGAUGCGAGAGAGCUAGAUCUCAAGUGGCUGAGGAAUCAGAUUGGCCUGGUGAAUCAGGAGCCUGCUCUUUUCGCGACCACGAUCCGUGAGAAUAUUCUGUACGGUAAAGGUGAUGCCACUGUCGAGGAGAUUAACCGUGCGGCGAAGCUUUCCGAGGCUUUAUCAUUCAUCAAUAAUCUCCCCGAUGGGUUCGAGACUCAGGUGGGUGAGAGAGGAAUCCAGCUUUCGGGCGGGCAAAAACAGAGAAUAGCGAUCUCGAGAGCGAUAGUGAAGAACCCGUCGAUUCUCCUUUUGGACGAAGCUACGAGCGCUUUGGACGUGGAAUCGGAGAAGAGCGUGCAGGAAGCAUUGGACAGGGUGAUGGUCGGGAGGACGACGGUUGUGGUGGCCCACAGGCUAUCCACCAUCAGAAAUGCUGACAUCAUCGCGGUGGUUCAGGGUGGGAAGAUCGUGGAAAGCGGUAGCCAUGACGAGCUCAUCUCAAGCCCUAACGGAGCUUACUCUUCUCUUCUUCACCUCCAAGAAUCUGCUUCUCUUCAACGUCAUCCUUCUUUGAACCCUUCUCUCACCAGACCUCACAGCGUAAAUUACUCGCGUGAGCUGUCAAGAACGAGAGUGAGUUCCAACGCGAGUUUCUGCUCAGACAGAGACUCGGUGACUCGCCCGGAGACGACCGAUCCGACCAAACGAGUCAAGGUCACAGCCGGACGUCUCUACUCGAUGAUCCGGCCAGACUGGCCGUACGGUGUCUCCGGCAUGAUCGGCGCGUUAAUUGCAGGAGCUCAGAUGCCGCUUUUCGCGCUGGGCGUUUCGCAUGCUCUCGUCUCUUACUACAUGGAUUGGGACACAACUCGGCACGAGGUUAGGCGGAUCUCGAUCCUCUUCUGUUGCGCCGCCAUUGUCACUGUCAUAGUUCACACCAUUGAGCAUACGAGUUUUGGAAUUAUGGGGGAACGUCUCACUCUCCGUGUCCGCGAAAUGAUGUUUUCAGCGGUUCUAAAGAACGAGAUCGGAUGGUUUGACGACAUGAACAACACGAGCUCGAUGUUAGCUUCUCGUCUCGAGAGCGACGCCACUUUAAUGAGAACGAUAGUUGUCGAUAGGUCGACGAUUCUUCUUCAAAAUGUCGGUCUCGUCGUCGCUUCUUUCAUCAUCUCCUUCAUACUCAACUGGAGACUUACUUUGGUUGUCUUAGCCACUUAUCCUCUUGUCAUAAGCGGCCAUAUCAGCGAGAAACUUUUCAUGCAAGGCUAUGGUGGAAACUUGAGCAAGGCGUACUUGAAGGCAAACAUGAUCGCUGGAGAAGCUGUGAGCAACAUCCGUACAGUUGCAGCCUUCUGUUCGGAGGAGAAGGUUCUGGAUCUUUACUCCAGAGAGCUCGUAGAACCUUCCAAACGCUCCUUCAAACGCGGCCAAAUCGCAGGAAUCUUCUAUGGCGUUUCCCAGUUCUUCAUAUUCUCCUCCUAUGGCCUAGCCCUGUGGUACGGAUCGGUUUUGAUGGGGAAAGGGCUAGCGAGCUUCAAAUCGGUGAUGAAGACGUUCAUGGUUCUGAUAGUGACAGCUUUAGCAAUGGGUGAAACCCUAGCUCUUGCUCCGGAUCUGCUCAAAGGGAAUCAAAUGGUUGCUUCAGUGUUUGAACUCUUGGACAGGAAAACGCAGGUUGUCGGAGACGCUGGGGAAGAACUCGACGGCAGCUCCGGCGUGGAAGGCGCGAUUGAGCUCAGGGGUGUUCACUUCAGUUACCCUUCUCGGCCUGAUAUCGUGAUUUUCAGCGAUUUCGACCUGAAAGUGCGUCAAGGGAAAAGUAUGGCAUUGGUCGGGCAGAGCGGUUCGGGGAAAAGUUCCGUUCUCUCUCUCAUUCUUCGGUUCUAUGAUCCGACCGCCGGAAAAGUUCUCAUUGAUGGUAUAGACAUCAAGAAGCUGAGACUGAAAUCGCUGAGGAAACACAUUGGUUUGGUCCAACAAGAACAGGCCCUCUUCGCGACGACGAUCUACGAGAACAUACUGUACGGAAAAGAAGGGUCGUCGGAAUCGGAAGUGACGGAAGCGGCGAAACUCGCAAACGCCCACAGCUUCAUAAGCUCUCUCCCCGACGGUUACAACACGAAAGUCGGAGAACGCGGCGUUCAGCUUUCCGGCGGUCAGCGUCAGCGAAUCGCAAUCGCCAGAGCUGUUCUCAAGAAUCCGGCCAUUCUUCUUCUCGAUGAAGCUACCAGCGCAUUGGACGUAGAGUCCGAACGAGUGGUACAGCAGGCAUUAGAUCGGCUGAUGAGGAACAGGACGACAGUGGUGGUGGCCCACCGGUUAUCGACGAUAAAAAACGCCGACACGAUAAGCGUAAUACAAGACGGUCGGAUCAUAGAGCAAGGCUCUCAUUCCACCCUCGUCGAGAACGACGACGGCGCUUACUCCAAACUCAUUCGUCUUCAGCAGCAAUCUCACCUUCAUUGAUUUCCAUCUUCUUCUUUUUUUAAAAAAAAUUCCAUGUGAAUCUCCUUUGCAUAUACAGAACAUUGAUUUAUGUAACCCAUAUAUCGGACGGAAAAAAUAUGCUUUUCCUCUUCAAUUUGGGGUGUAUAUAUAUAUAUGUUCUUUAGCUCA